AUGAACAUGGAACGGAUAAACCCGCUCGAUCUGCCCGAGAUCAUCAUGACCGUCGGCCGCUGCCUUCCGCUCUGGAAACACAGCGACAACCUCGGCUUUUACGACUUUAACCCAAAACACCUCCUCUCCUUCACCCUCGUCAACAAGACUUGGCGUUCUGCCUUGUUGCCAGUCGUCUGGUAUGUCUACAAUGGCUUUGUGAUGCGCCAUGUCCCUAAGCCCAUCAUCCUCAAGUACUCGGUCCAUUUCCGUCUGGUCUUUGGAGACCGUUCUUUCCCGGGUCAAGUUCUGUCGAAGAAUAUAAAGUCGUUGGUAAUCUCUUGGUGGGAUCAGGGGUUGUUGGACCUUGUGGGGGGGAAUGCAGAGUCGUUGGAGUAUUUGUCUUGGAAAGGCGCCAAUUCUACGGGUGGAACUGGAGGUGGGUGGCCGAGUCCGGAUUAUGGGCUCUUGAUGAGGAUGGCUCCGACACUCAAGGAGUUACAUAUGUCGCAUUGGACGCUUUCUGGACAGGAGGUUGCGCGGUUCUUGGGUGCCUGUAAGCGACUGCAUCGAUUGGAUUUGGCCGCCAUCGAUUGGAUCGAUCCCAUCCCUGAGUGCAACUUCACCGCCGCUUCCUCUUACUGCCGCCCGGUCUCGUCAGACACCGCUGGCCAAGGGCUGACGGACCUCAACCUGGACAUCAGCACGCCCAAAGAAGACGCCUUUGUCGACCUCCUCCGGUAUAGCUGCCCGGACCUAGAACGGUUCACGCUCUACUCCGAAUCUGCUGCGGACUCGCGUCGUCUGACACCGAUCCUCCGAGCCCACUGUCGUAAACUCGUCGGACUUGACUAUGUGACCCGGUUCUCGUCCUCGCUCGACAGAAGGGAUUACCUCUCCGAUAGCGAGUACGCAGAUCUGGUCCUCGCGGUUUCGGACAAUGUGAGGCAGAUCAAGUUGGAUAUCCCUUGGUUGGACGCUCAGUUGACACGGGCGAUUGUGCUGCGGCCUUUGACGCUGCAGUCGCUCAACUUAAAGUUUUACGAACGCAGAAUGGCACCGCCAACCUCAUCCUUCUCUCCUUCCUUCCCAAUAUCCUCUCCCCCACCUUCAUCGUCGCCGUCGUCGUCGUUGUCUAUCAGGGAUGCAGAAAACCUGGGCCAGGUCAUCCUCCAGCACUGCACCAACCUCCGCGACCUAUCCCUCUUCUUCAACCCGCACUCAAUGGGGCCCGAAGAAACCCUCAAACUCGUCGAGAAACCUUGGGCUUGUCUCGACCUCCAAUCCUUGGCCCUCGCCGACAUCAGUAUCGGACUGUCCACCAUCAGUACCACCACCCCUCACAUUUGGCAAGGCGGUAUCGACGAAACGGCCAUCCUCCCUUCGUCGAUCUUUCCGCAGUUUCCGCAAGGACCUGGACUCCAACCCUACCACUGGCAACUGGCAGCUGCUGCUGCCACGGUUCCGAACUCAGUCGUGGUGACGACAAUGACACCGCCAAACAAUAGUAGUCAAGAUGCCCAGAUGCAGUAUGGAACGUUGGCCAAACAGCGGUUGUUUGAACAGAUCCGCAGACUGCCACAGUUGACGCGCCUGAGUCUGAACCAUGUCGCUUACUCAUUAGACGGCGAGGGCCAAGCGUCGACUCAUCGAUCCUCUCGAUGA